AUGAACGGGGACGCCCAAUCAGGCCACGGGCCUGCAUCUGGUCCCAGCAGUACCAGCCAGAGAAAAAGCAUCCACUGGGCACCACUCAACGUCGGCCUAGAACGACGACUCCAGACCUUCUUCGUGCUCUGCCACACUCUGACAAUCGCAAUCUUCCUAACGAUCUUCUUCUUCACCUGCACAAUUCCACUCUUCUGGCCGCUCCUGCUCCCCUACCUCGUCUACAUAACCCUCUUUUCCACUGCCGCAACCUCCGGGCAGCUGAAAGGCCGCAGCCCAUUCCUCAAGUCCCUCCCCAUAUGGAAGCUCUACGCCUCAUACUUCCCCGCCCGGCUGCAUCGGGAGCAGUCUCUCCCCCCAACAAGAAAAUACAUCUUCGGCUACCACCCACACGGCAUCAUCUCGCACGGCGCCUUCGCUGCCUUCGGCACCGAAGCGCUCGGCUUCUCGAAGCUCUUCCCGGGCAUCACAAACACUCUGCUCACGCUGGAUGCGAACUUCCGCAUUCCGUUCUACCGCGAGUACGCGCUUGCGAUGGGGCUAGCCAGCGUGUCGCGGGAGUCGUGCGAGAACAUCCUCACGAAAGGCGGUGCGGAUAACGAGGGGAUGGGCCGGGCGAUUACGAUCGUUGUGGGCGGGGCUCGCGAGUCGCUGAAUGCGCAGCCGUAUCACAUUUCGCUGGUGCUGAAGCGGCGGAAGGGAUUCGUGAAGUUGGCGAUUCACACGGGGGCGGACCUGGUGCCGGUGCUGGGGUUUGGGGAGAAUGAUAUCUAUGACCAGGUGGACUCGGAUCAGCAUCCGUUGAUUCAUAAGUUGCAGAUGCUGGUGAAGCGUACGAUGGGGUUUACGAUUCCGCUGUUCCAUGCGCGCGGGGUGUUCAAUUAUGAUGUUGGGCUGAUGCCGUAUCGGCGGCCGCUGAAUAUUGUGGUUGGCAGGCCGAUUUCGGUGAUGCAGCAGCAAGAUCGGAACAAGGUCGAUGAUGCUUAUAUUGAUCAGCUGCAUGAGCAGUACGUGACGGAGUUGCAGCGCUUGUGGGAUGAGUACAAGGAUGUCUAUGCGAAGGAUAGGGAAGGCGAGCUCGAGAUUACGGCGUAG